CUUUUCGCUGGGCCUAGGAUGUUUCGAUCCUGUUUUGUUAAUUAACUGGCAGAUUUUGUUGGGCCAGUUUUAUAGCGCCUGCGACAACCCCUUCUUCCUUCCAGACCCGAUAAUGGAAUGCGCUUGUAGUUAUUCGUCCUUGCUCCCGCUGACGUCGCUGUCUCCUCCUCCUUUUCCAUCUAAGCUCAAAUUGUUGAGAAUCAAGCACUUGAGUUGUUUUGAGUCCCAAAAACCCAAUCUAUUUGUACGGAGUGGACUUGGAUCAGAGGAAAAUAGUAACAUGGGAUAUCCAGUCACGCCUAACAAGUUCUUUCAAGAAGAGGUCAUUGGAGCUGAAUAUGGUGAAGGUUUUGAGACUUUUAGACCAGAUGGCCCCCUCAAAGUUGAUGUGGAUUUUCUUAAUGAUAGACUACAAACUAGCCUUCUUCAACGAAUUCGAUAUGCCAUGAAGCCUGAUGAAGCAUACGGUCUUAUCUUCUCUUGGGAGAAUGUACUGGCGGACACAAGUUCUGUGAAGUUGAAAACGUGGAAACAACUGGCAUCAGAAGAAGGAAGGGAUAUUCCAAAAGAUCGAACUUUGCAAAGGAACAUGCUCUAUGGCAGUGCUGAUCAUGUACUCCACAAGGUAUUGCUAUGGGAGAAGCCAGGGAUCGAGUUGGAUAGACUGAAGCUUAGACUUUCACAUUUGUAUCACGGCAAUCUUCUUAAUCUUUCAGAACCUAUGGAAGGACUAAAGGAAUGGUUGAGUGCCGUAUCAACAGCUCGAAUCCCUUGUGCUGUUGUGUCAAGUCUUGAUCGGACAAACAUGGUUGAAGUGCUCUUACGGAUGGGACUAUACAAGUAUUUCCAGGCUAUUGUGACCGAGGAAGAUGGCAUGGAGUCCAUGGCCCACAGAUUCCUAUCUGCUGCAGUGAAGUUGGAUCGAAAGCCAUCCAUGUGUGUUGUAUUUGAAGAUGAUCCUAGAGGCAUUACUGCGGCUCACAAUUGCACGAUGAAGGCCGCCGCAUUAAUUGGUGCUCAUCCAGCGUAUGAUCUGGUGCAGGCGGACCUGGCAGUGUCUACCUUUAAUGAGCUUUCAGUGAUCAAUCUCAGGCGAUUAUUUGCCAAUAGUGGUGCAACUUUUAUGGACAUGGAGAAACAGAUGACAGGAAAAGCUCCACAAAAAAGGAAAUUUAGGGUUGACACCAUCUUCUGAUCCUCAUUGUAUUUCACACUUUUCCCCUUCUAAAAGAAGAGGUAGAGAAAAAAGAGAGACCAAACCAGCACAACACACACCCAUUUUAAAUUUUUCAAACUGUUUGAACAGCUGUUUGUUUUAGAGUGUUCUUUUAGUCUGUAUAUAUGUCAUGACUCAUGAUAACAAAUAGUUCUGCGUCCAGGCUCCUAUGGUAAUAUUUUGGUGGGCUAUCUGUAGAUAAAUUGAUUAUCUUA